AUGGACUAUCUGAUAAGUGAGGAGCAACAUUUCCCCGCCUGGUUGAAUGAGGAGCAACUUGAGGUUUUUAGGCAAUCAUGCUUUGGCAUGAUGCUGGAUGUACAUGACAUCAGUUGUUCUUCACAACUGAUACACCAGCUUCUACUACGUCAAAUUGUUUCUCCCCAGGGUGAUUUUGGAGAAAGAUUGCAUUUCAAUAUUGGUGGAAAGAAGUGCACAUUUGGUAUUGAAGAUUUUGCGAUUAUCACCGGACUAUUAUGUACAGAAUCUGUGCCCGAUGUGUCAAGUCUGGUUGAUACAUCUGUUAAUAGGCUAAAAUCCCUUUAUUUUGAAGAAAAAUGUGGAAAGGGCAAGGGUAAGGGGAAGGGGACCAAUGUAAGCAGAGCUGAGCUGGAAGAGGCAUUCGAUAAAUGUGAUAAUGCUCAUGAUGCUUUGAAGUUAGCUUUGGUGUAUUUUGUUGAGUCUGUAUUGAUGCCUAGAGAGAGAAGAAAUGCCAUUAAUAUUAAGUGGCUCCAACUUGUGGAUGAUUUGGAUGCCUUCAACCAAUAUCCAUGGGGAAGCGUUUGCUACGAACGUACUGCUACCUCUCUUGCAUGUGCCAUGAUUGGAAGGGCUGAAAAAUACUUGAGUAAGGGUAAGGCAAAGGAGACAUACAGCCUUUAUGGAAUGCCAAUAGUACUCCAGAUUUGGGCGUAUGAAAUUGUACCCAUUAUAGCCCAGAGGUAUGCCACCAAAUGUGGUGAAACACACCCCAGAAUACUCAAGUACUCAGGGAAUCAAACCCCUACUUCAGAUGACAUCGUGUCAGAUGUAUUUGAACUGAUAAAGAUUGAGGUUCAUGAUGCUCUAGUGCCAACGGAGGCUGAGCUGGAGAAGGAUUAUGUUAGGGAGGUUAUGAAGAGAAUUAAGAAAAGAGAAAUUAAAAGAAGCAGAGAUAAGUCUGAAGAAGAUGAAGAAGAGAAACAGAGAAAAGAGAGAAGAACUAAGAGAAGGAGGGAUUACGAUGUUAAUGUUGAAGAAAAAAUGAGAAAAGAGAAAAGAACAAAGAGAAGGGAUGAUCACAUCGAGCAUGCACAUGCACAUAAAGCUGGAGGGAAUUUGAUAUUGAAGGCCAAGUUCGAUGCCAUAGAGCAGAAGUUGGGAGAGCAUGGUGGUCAACUUUUGGACAUGAAAAAGGAAAUUGUUGAAAGUAUUACUGGUUUUUUUGAGACUACCAAGGAUGAUGAGGGUGAAAAGAAUGAUGAGGGAACGCAUGAUGAGGAUAAAAAAGAGGACCAGGAGGAAACGUAUGAUGCGGAUAAAGAGGAGGAGGACAAUGAGGGAAAGACAGUUUCCCCUGUUAGACAUGCCGAUGAUGUUGAGGAUGCAGCCGUAGUUGCUGGAUUGAUGGAUCUCACAGAACAAGUGUUUGAACAGCCAAUGACAGACAAAAGUUCAAUUGGAGUUGAAGAGAUUCCAAAAGCCAAGUACACAUUUACACGGGGAAGAAAAAGAGGUUCCACAUCGAGACGUGUAAAUAUAUAUAAUCCAAUGCGAACAGAGUGUCAAUCACAAGAAAGAAGCACCAACCAAAAUAUUGAUGGUCCUUGGCCAAUCAAUUUAAAGAGGUCGUAUUCGACUCUUUGGAGACAAGGAUUUGAAGCAUGGGUAAGAAACAGGGCUGAGGAUACAUCUUAUUUGGUUGUUGGUGGAAAGAAGUUAUACAAAAAUUGGUUUAUCAACGCAAUGACACCCGAUUACUGGUUGACAGACCAGCAUAUGGACGUCGCAAUGUACCUCCUCAUGAAGAGGAUCAAGCAAUACCCUGCCAUAUUCAAGAAGAAGGUUGUGCUGUUGGACACUAUAUUCACUGUAAGUAUUUUAUAUGUGUGUUCGAGUAUGUUUGUUAGAUGUUCGAGUUGUUGA